AUGACUGCCAACAAGCCGAUUUCGUCGAGGCAUCGUGUGGAUAUGGCCACUUUAUUCGAUGUUUUUUGCGAAGUUGGCGUCAAUGAACAGGAUGGUCUUGCUGUGAUAUUGACUAAAUAUCCAGAAGAUUACAAUGAUGAGACAGCCUUGAAAAGCGUGCGACAGUUCAGCUUUCCAUGUGGCCUCAAAGAGGUUGAUUCUGAAGCUGUACAACUUUUUUCUUUUGUUCUAACAGACUCACAAUCCCGGUAUACCUUCGGUUUCUGCCGCUUUACGCCGAGAAAUAAUACUUGUAUCUGCAUAUUAAGCGGGUUCUCAUGGCCAGGUGUUUUCUAUAAGAUUCUCAAUCAUGUGUCAUUGAUUAUGAAUAAAGGGACGCAAGAUGAUCUGGAUGCUAUUCUUACCAGAAUUUACCAUACAGACAUUCCCAAUACUGGAGAUGUGUUGCAGUUUUCUUGUCACAAUGGCAUGCACGUGAGUUCUUGAUG